AUGAAGCUGGGUUAUCAUGGUGAUACAUCAGCAACUUUCUUUUGUGGAGAUGUUGAUGAUGAAGCCAAAAACUUGGUACAGGUGACAAAGGAAUGCCUAGACAAGGCAAUAUCAAUAUGCGCACCAGGAGUGGAGUACAAGCAAAUCGGAAAAAUAAUUCAUGAUCAUGCAGAUAGACACCGUUAUGGUGUUGUGGAACAGUUUGUUGGUCAUGGAGUGGGGCGUGUUUUCCAUGCUGAUCCAGUUAUCCUACAUUACAGGAAUAAUGGUCAUGGACGCAUGAUGUUGAAUCAGACAUUUACAAUUGGGCUGGAAACAACCAAAGCUGUCAUAAGCCACUUGAGCCUUAGUUUGUUAAUGGCUAGCUUGAGUCUCAGCUGGCUAAAUUGA